GGUGAUGUUGUUUCUUUACUGCAGAUGUAGCUGUUUCAGGAAGUGUGACAAAGAAUUUCAGGUAUCUUUCAAGAGAAAUACAGAAGAGAGUGGUUCAAAAUCUGGCAGGAAUGUUCCAGAGGAGUCAGUUAGCCACACUGGCACACUGGGACCCGAGGGUGAUGCUGACCCAUCUACUGAUCUGCACCACAACUUCACAUCUUGUAUCCAGUCAUUGGUUCCUUCUGACAAGGAGCCAUCAAGCUCAGAAUUCAGGUCCUCGCACAUGCUCAGGUUAUCCGAGACGCAGCCAUUGAUGAGAGCCUCUGUUGGCAGCAAUGGCUCAAGUCCAACCGAACUGACCUAUGCCCACCCAGCAGUUACUUCCAAGGAAAUAUUCUGUGCUACACUCUGGGACAAAUGUAACAAGCACAUGCCAGUGGAAUGUACCGAGCUAGACUUCCAUUACCUAACCCCUGGAGAGAAGACUCAGCCCACCAACCCUGCUGAAGGAAGCAAUGCAGGGACAAGCUCCUGCAGUUCAACCAUUGCUGAGCACGUGCAGGAUCUGGUCAGCCGGUGCUGUGAGGCCACCCAAGGUCUGCAUCUGGGAUGCCUUCCUUUAGAGCUGGUCACUUCUGCGUCACUGAGACUUGAUGCAUUUGUUCCUGGUAUGAGAAACUAUCGCCACCUUGGAGAGGAGAUGGGUAUACCCACCUCGGUGCUCAGUCAUUUGGAAGGUUUUCAGCAGGUGUUUGCCUACCUCUCAUCUUGCACUUUGACCACCGUGCCUGACUUUCUGGAGGCCUGCUGUCGCAUUCAGAGAUUCGACAUUCUUUUUCUGCUCUGUGACACCCUGUCCCUGAAGCAGCAGGUGAAUUGAGAAAUUGUUUAGUGGGCCAUUAUCACCACCAGUCUUCAUCGGUCUACUGCCAGUUUAGAACGCUUUUGUUUUCUUCACAUGCCAGGGGUCUCAAAAAUCA